AUGGGGGCCGAAGCCGAGAAAAGGGAAACCGUCCCGGCGGAGGACUUCGCUGCGGAUAGCUCCCCGGCCGACGCUGUCAAAGGGGAGGGUGGCGCCUUCAAGGCCUAUUUGAACUUGAUUUUUGGCAGCUUCGUCACGACCAUCCAGGACUUCACCACUGGAAAGUCCACUCCGGACCACUUCCGCGGCGAGGUCUCCAAGCUCGCUCUCUACUUCGUCUACCUGGGAAUCGCCAGAUUCGCACUUGCGUACGGCUACAUUUCGCUGACGACAUUCUCCGCCUACCGCAUCACGAGGAACCUUCGACACAAGUACCUCCAUGCCGCCCUCCGACAAGAGGUAGCAUUCUACGACUUUGGCACCGGCGGCUCCAUCGCGACCCAGGCCAUCUCCAACGGACGGCUAAUCCAGGCUGGAAUCGCCGAGAAGCUUGCCCUGACCUUCCAAGGACUUGCCGUCUUUGUUACCGCCUUCAUCAUCUCCUUCAUCACGCAAUGGAAGCUCACGCUUAUCGUUGUCGGCAUUGCGCCCCUCAUUCUCGUCGUUAUGGGUGUUGCCUCAACCUUCGAGGCUGCCCUUGAGACCAAGAUCCUCGAUACCUACGCCCAGGCAGGUUCCUUCUCCGAAGGUAUCCUCGCAAGUGCUCGAACCGUUCACGCAUUCGAAAUCAGGUCAAGACUGGUUCAGAAAUUUGACAAGUUUCUGCAAGACGCCCAUAAUCUCGGAAACAAGAAGUCGCCCCUUUUCGGUAUCCUGUUUUCCUUCGAGUACUUCGUCAUUUACGCCGGCUUCGCCCUUGCCUUCUGGCAGGGCAUCCACAUGAUGAACCGUGGUGAGAUUACCGAGUCUGGAGAUAUUUUCACCGUUCUUCUUUCCGUUGUCAUUGGUACUACUGCUCUGACCAUGUUGACCCCGUACAUCAUCGAGUUCACCCGUGCCGCUUCCGCCGCAGCUCAUUUGUUCAAGCUCAUCGACCGGCCUUCGGAAAUCGAUCCGUUCGACAAGUCGGGUGAGCAGCCAACUGACACUGUUGGAGUCGUCGACCUGGAGAACAUCACCUUUUCGUACCCUACCAGACCUGGCGUUACUGUGCUGGACAACUUCUCUCUGCACAUCCCCGCGGGCAAGGUCACCGCUCUUGUGGGCUCCAGCGGUUCCGGAAAGAGUACCAUCAUUGGCUUGAUUGAGCGCUGGUACAACCCCAAGGCUGGCACCAUCAAGCUUGACGGCAAACCAAUCGAUCGUCUCAACCUCAACUGGCUUCGUAAGAAUGUCCGUCUUGUCCAACAGGAACCCAUUCUGUUCCAGGGCACAGUCUUCGACAACAUUGCCAAUGGAUUGGUCGGAACCCAGUGGGAGAAUGCCCCGCGGGAGGAGCAAAUGCAGCGGGUGCAAGAGGCCGCCAAGAUUGCCUUUGCGCACGACUUUGUCUCACAGCUUCCAGAGGGUUAUGACACCAUGAUUGGUGAGCGCGGUGGUCUCCUUUCAGGUGGACAGAAGCAACGUGUGGCCAUCGCUCGCAGCAUCAUCUCGCAGCCCAAGGUUCUCCUGCUGGACGAGGCUACCAGUGCUCUCGACCCGCACGCGGAGGGUGUCGUCCAACAGGCUCUCGACAAGGCCUCUGAAGGUCGCACCACAAUUACCAUCGCGCACAAACUAGCAACGAUUCGCAAGGCAGACAACAUCGUCGUGAUGAACAAGGGCAAGAUUGUGGAGCAGGGAACUCACGAGGGACUUCUCAAGCAGGACGGCGCGUACACCCGUCUCGUUAGAGCCCAGAAUCUGUCUGUUUCUGAAGAGGGAUCUAUCACCGAGACUGAGGGAGAUGACGACGAUUCUGCCCCGAAAGAGAACAUCGAGAUGACCAAGACUAUGAGUCGGUACCGGACUGCAGACCAGAACCGCAUGGAGCUCCAAAAGGAGCGUGACAACUACGACCAUCACAAGCAGCAGGGCCUCAUCAGCGUGGUUAUCAGAAUGGUUCGCGAGACCCCAGAGUUGAACUGGGCUUACUUUAGCACCUUGGUUGCCGUUGUUGUAGCUGCUGGUGCAUUCCCUGGUCAAUCUUUGAUCAUCGCCAACCUCGUCGACGUCUUUACUCUGACAGGCUCAGAAAUGAUCUCCAAAGGCAACUUCUAUUCUCUGAUGUUCUUCGUUCUCGCUCUCGGCGUCUUUGUCUGCUACUUUGCUAUGGGCUGGACGACCAACACAAUUGCACAGGGCCUCAAUCACAAGCUCCGUAAGCAGGCUCUCAACGAUUUCCUCCGACAAGACCUCCAAUUCUUCGACCGCAGAGAGAACAACACUGGCGCUCUGGCCAGCAAGCUUGAGUCCAAUCCGCAGUCCAUCUUGGAGCUCAUGGGUUUCAACAUUGGCCUCAUCUUGAUCUCGACCCUCAACGUAGUGGCUUGCAGUAUCCUGGCCAUUGCUACCACCUGGAAGCUUGGUCUGGUUGUUGUGCUCGCCGGUCUCCCGCCCUUGGUGAGCUCGGGGUAUAUCAAGGUCCGCCUGGACUCCAAGCUCGACAACAGCACGUCGAAGCGCUACUCUGCCAGCGCUGCCAUCGCCUCGGAGUCGGUCACCGCCAUCAGGACAGUCUCGUCUUUGGCUAUUGAGGAGUCCGUUCUGAAGAGAUACACAGACGAACUUGACCACGCAGUCAGGGCUUCAACGGCACCGCUCUUCACCAUGACCGUUGCCUUUGGUCUUACUCAAUGCAUCGAGUACUUUUUCAUGGCUCUUGGCUUCUGGUACGGCUGCCGACUGUUGUCUUUCAACGAGAUUAGCAUGUACCAGUUCUUCGUCGCCUUCAUGGGCACGUUCUUCUCCGGUCAAGCCGCCGCACAACUCUUCCAGUACUCCAGCAGCAUGACCAAGGGUAUCAACGCCGCAAACUACCUCUUCUGGCUUCACGAUCUCCAGCCAACCAUCCAGGAGACGCCCGACAACCACGACAAGGCCCCCAAGUCAGGCACCUCUCUCGACUUUGAUCACCUGAAGUUUUCCUACCCCCUCCGUCCCGAAGCCCACGUCCUGCGCGGCGUCGAUCUGGAGAUCAAGAAGGGCCAAUUCGUCGCCCUGGUAGGCGCCUCCGGCUGCGGAAAGAGCACCAUGAUCGCCAUGCUCGAGCGCUUCUACGACCCAACAACCGGCACGAUCCGCAUCGACGGCGACGCCGCCCUCUCCGAGCUCAACCCGCGCCUCUACCGCCAGUUCGUCGCCCUCGUCCAGCAGGAGCCGACCCUCUUCCAGGGCAGCAUCCGCGAGAACAUCGCCCUGGGCAUCGACUCCGACUCUCUCACCGACGUGCCCGACGCGCAGAUCGAGCAGGCCUGCCGCGCGGCCAACGCCUGGGACUUUGUCUCGUCCCUCCCCGAAGGCCUCGGCACCCCCUGCGGAAGCAGCGGCAUGCAGCUGUCCGGCGGCCAGAGGCAGCGCAUCGCGAUCGCGAGAGCUCUGAUCCGCAACCCGAGGAUCCUGCUGCUCGACGAGGCGACGAGCGCGCUGGACACGGAGUCGGAGAAGAUUGUGCAGCGGGCGCUCAACGAGGCGGCGCGCGACGGCGAGAGGAUCACGAUCGCUGUCGCCCAUCGUCUAUCCACAGUCAAGGACGCGGACAUCAUCUGCGUGUUUUACGGGGGCAGGAUCGUGGAGAAGGGGACGCACGCGCAGUUGGUAGCCAAGGGUGGCAUGUACAAGCAAAUGUGCGAGGCGCAGAAUCUCGAGUAG